AUGGAGGGGAAAGAUGAAUUCCCUACAGGUGAGUCUCCCAAAACAACAGGCGCAGCAGCAGCAGCAGCAGCAGCAGCAGCAGCAGCAGCAGCAGCAGCAGCAGCAGCAGCAGCAGCAGCAGCAGCAGCAGCAGCAGCAGCAGCAGCAGCAGCAGCAGCAGCAGCAGCAGCAGCAGCAGCAGCAGCAGCAGCAGCAGCAGCAGCAGCAGCAGCAGCAGCAGCAGCAGCAGCAGCAGCAGCAGCAGCAGCAGCAGCAGCAGCAGCAGCAGCAGCAGCAGCAGCAGCAGCAGAAGCAACAGCAGCAGGGGUGGUGUUGGUGGGACUGGCAGCAGCAGCAGAAGCAGCAGCAGCAGGGGUGGUGUUGGUGGGACUGGCAGCAGCAGCAGAAGCAGCAGCAGCAGGGGUGGUGGUGGUGGGACUGGCAGCGGCCCCAGCGCUUGAGGACAUGCGGAGGACAGAAGGGGGGAUGCGAGGAGGCCGCAUGGCGCUGAAGCUGACUCGAGAUCGAGAUUGA